CAACAUCAGUCGUCACUGAAUUUACUUAGCGAGAACCAACCAAACUACGGCAUGGAAGUAAGCAUUGGUCCCGUUGAUAUGCAGCAGCAACAGCAACAACAGCAGCAGCAGCACUCGCAAGGUGCUUCAUCCUAUCUUUCAGCUGAAAACAGCCCAUUUGUUGGCAGUACUGGUACCGGAGAAGAUGAUGAACUCAGUGCGGAGCAGGAAAUGCAAACGCCGAGUACAGGCGAUGAGCCGGAUAUUGAAGUUUCGAAAUCGAAAAAACGGCGCGAGAGACGACUGAGAUUGCAGAAACAAUUCGCAGUCUACAAAGCUUUAUGGAAUCCAUGUAUUAAUCUGCUGGCGCUGGCUUCACAAAAAGGCGAAAUUGUUGUGCGACGUUUACACUGGAAACGUGGAUGGAAGGUGAAAUUGUAG